UAAAAAGAAGAAAAUCGAAGGGAAGCCUUUUCGCAAAUAUCAGAUCGAAAUCAAGAAAACCAUCGAGAGAAAGAAAAGAAUCAUGGAAAGGGGGAAAGUUGACGUGAAAAAGACGGAGAAAUUCAACAGCACGCAAGUUAGGUUUUCGAAACGAAGGGAAGGUUUGUUGAAGAAAGCCAGGGAACUGGCGAUUCUGUGCGAUGGUGAGGUUGGGGUAAUACUCUUUUCCAGCACUGGAAAACUCUACGAAUUCGCUAGUAAUUCGCACAUGGAAGACAUCAUCGCAAAGUACCCAACAAACCCUAAUGGUGCCAAACUUGUUCCCUCUGAGGAUGGUACAGAGCAACCCAAAGUUGAAGAAGUGCCUCAUGAAUCACCUCAAAUGCCUCAACCAACUCAAAUCGCUAAGUUGGAGGAAUUGCAUCGUUUGGAUGGCAAACUGCGCGAAAAAAUAAUGGCUGUUAAGGAUAGGAAGGAGCAAGUUCUGUUGGAGCUGAUUGAGAAGUCCAAAUUGCAGGAGCAGAAGAUUGUUUUAGAGAAUGAAGCUCUUAAGGAACAGAUUGAGGAGUAUCGUUCGAGGUUAUUACACCAUGAGCUUGGAAGGAAGAAUUCUUCAGGCAGAAGCACAAGCACUAUUUUCAAUUGCAGAUCUGACAAGGAUGCAAACUAUGACGCUUCAUUGGGUUUGGGGUUAUCGGGCGAUAUGAGUCAGAAGAGAAAGAAACCAAAGAUGGAUUUUUCUUGAAAAAAAUAAAUCUGGCGGCCCAUUUAUGGGGUUAAAACCAAAUUCCGUCUUUAAUUUUUUGUUUCCC